AUGGCUCAAAAUGUUGAAGCUUGCUUGAAUAGCUGGAAGUUGAACAAGAUUUUGAGUUUGACAGUUGAUAAUGCAUCGUCUAACGAUGUAGGAGUUAUGUAUUUACAAAGAAGACUAAAUUCUUGGAAGAGUUCAGUUUUGAAUGGAGAGUAUCUCCAUAUGCGGUGUUGUGCGCAUAUUUUAAACCUGAUUGUGAAGGAUGGAUUGAAGGAGAUUGAUGAUUCAGUCGCCAAAAUUCGAGAUGCUGUGAAGUAUGUCAGAUCUUCAAAUUCAAGAUUAACUAGGUUUAAGGCAUGUAUUGCACAAGAGAAUAUUCCACAUAAGACUCUUGUUUGCCUAGAUGUUGAAACGCGAUGGAACUCUACAUACCUAAUGUUAGUAGCAGCCUUAAAGCAUCAGAAGGCAUUUGAGCUAUUAGAGAUGCAAGACAAAAAAUUUGUUGAAGAAUUAAACAAGGGAAGAGGGGUACCUUCAUUUCAAGAUUGGGAUUAUGCUAAGUCCGUCUUACCAUUUUUAGAGAUGUUUUACGAUGCUACACUUCGCAUCUCUGGAUCCUCUUAUGUCACUAGUAACUUAUACAUGAAAGAAGUGUUUGCUCUUGGAAGGAGGAUUCAACAAUAUCGUGAUGAUGAUGAUUUGAGCAUAAGUCUUAUGGCAAGUAAGAUGAAAGCAAAAUACAACAAGUAUUGGGGAAAUGCAAAAACUAUUAACAUGUUGUUGUUAAUUGCCGUAAUUCUAGAUCCCUGCCAUAAGUUGGAUUAUGUUGAGUGGUGCCUAGUUAAUUCUUUUGGUGUGGAAGUGGGUGGUGAAUUGAAGACAAAGUUGUCUUCUUGUCUUCAUUCACUUUAUAAUUUAUAUCAAGGUGAAGAUGAAGGAAACCAAGAUGAUACCCUCUCCCAACCGAGUGCAAGUGAUAAAGCCAAAGACAUUUAUGAUAUGGGGUUAUAUCGUCGAUCAACCGGUCGCAAAUCCAAUCUUAAAUCUGAGCUUGAUCGUUAUUUGAAUGAAGACUGUGAGCCAGAUGAUAAGCCUUUGGAUAUUCUAGGAUGGUGGAAGGCUAACUCGAAUCGGUUUUCCAUCCUAGCAAAUAUGGCACGGGACAUAUUGGCUAUACCAGUUUCAACAGUAGCUUCCGAGUCUGCUUUUAGUAUGGGGGGAAGAAUCAUCGAUCAAUAUCGUAGCUCAUUGACUCCUAAGAUGAUAGAAGCCCUUGUAUGUACCGAAGAUUGGCUUAAAGGAGAUUUUUUCUCUUCUCUUGCACCUGAGAAUUUCGAAGAGCUUGAAAAGGUCGAGCAAGAUUUGAUUUUAUCAGAGGACAUUACUUGUUCAGUGGGUCCAGACUUUGAGGCACAACUUAUAGCAGUUGCAAUGUCAAUUUUGGAUGGGGACAUUGGUAUCAACAAUUAUAGCAGUUGGAAUGUCAUUUUUGUGAAUAAGAUGAAGGUCUUAGUUGCAGACUUGCAGUGGCUUUGA